AUGUCCUUGAAUGGCCUUGAUGGAGUUGCGGUGGCCGAGGCGCACCAGGCUGCGUUGGCCGAAGCUGGAGGAUGGUUCCUGCUGAGAUACAUCAAUCGUGACACGGUGGAAUUGUUGCAACAGGGUGCAGGAGGAAUUCAAGAAGUGAGGAGCGUGAUAGAACAGUACGAUGAGAAGUCACCGUUAUAUGGCCUGUUGCAUUAUCGGCGCAAGAAAGUCAUCCUCAAAUAUGUGCCGGAGGGAACUUCGCGUCUGCUGCAAGUGCGGCUUACCGUCCAAUUCCAAUCGGUCCUCGAAUCCUUUUCACCACAUGACACCGUCUUCACCCUCACUGCACCCUCCGAGCUUACCGACUCUGCUUUAGGCCUAAACAUGAUGCUGCCUCCCUCCGGAGCAUCGCUCAAGUCGUCCAACUCGUCGUUGCGACGGCGCAGGCUGGACGAAAUCAGCGAGGAUACAGAGGAGGUUACAUUGCCAGCCGAGGAUCAGGUCAAAGAGUCUGCGCCGUUGGAGGAAAUGUUGACACCGAGCUACGGAAGGCGCGAACUCGACGAACUGCCUGCGAGUGCUGUGCUGGCAAAGGCCCUUUUGGCGAAGCGAAAAGAGGAAGCAGACGGAGAUGCAGCUAGUACGCAUUCAAAGUCUCUACAAGGACAGACGCCUGAAGCCGCAGAGAAGGACAGUCCUGAGCCAGGAGCGCUGGCUUCUUCAAAGCCUCCAUGUCUGGAUAAGACUCUCCCUGCCACUCCCGAUACGACGCAGCUUACAGCUACUCAAGAUAAGGCUAUUGAGGACAACGGGGUUGAAGUUACCAGCAACGUCCUGCAAGAUCCCGCUGAACCGCUCUCCCUUGACCUCUCAAGUCAUCAUUUGUCCCCAGCCGAAUCCGACAGCAUCAGUCAAUGGUCGAACAACGUUGUGGCCUCGUACACAUCGAUCGAACCGAAGAAGAAGAAGCUCGGCCCUCGACCACAUAUCGAGGCUGCCCAUCGUCCAAAGACAUCCGGCACCACUGAUGGCGUUUUGGAUGUGCGGCCAGUCGCCAACCUACCAAACAGAGUCCGUGUGAGCAAUAAGCCAGUCCUGACCGCCUCGCUACGGCCAGGCUCCCAACAUUCUACCAAGAGCGUUCCUGCUCGCUUCGCACCCGCUGGACAUUCGAUCAAUGCUCCUCCACAUCUCCCUUCGCCCACACGACUCCAACAUCUGUACAAGCCGAGCGAGGGCCAGCCCUCUCUCUCGCGACCUGCCUCGGCCACGGCUGAAACGUCAGCAGCCACUCCAGAGAAAUUGAGACUGAUGAAGGCUUUGCAGUUGCGGAAACGAAACAUGCUAUUAGCUCAAAGAGCAUCAUCGCCAGCUCCACCUAGCCCAUUGAACGCACAUACACACAACGCCUCGGACUCUAGCAUCAGCACAGAUUCUUCGAACAGUCAUCUGUCAUCUGCGCCUAGUCAAGAACAACUCUCCAGCAUAGACGAGGAGUCAAAGAUAACACAGUCCUCCAGCACCACGUCGCCCACUUUCACAACGAACAUUUCUGAGGACCCCUCCACAAAGGCGUCUUCAUUUGCGGAACAAGAUGAUGUCUCACGUAAACGUCGGUCAUUGUCCUCAGCCACCAGCUCGUCUAUCACACCGACAGCGUCUUUACCUGCCGCGCAGCACCAAACGAAUCCAGCUGUCGCCCCUGCCCCUGUUGAUUCUACAGAUAUGGGGCAAAUGGAGAUAUCCAGUCCGGCGGAUGAGCAAGACCGACCUCCCACGGGGGCCGCCUUGGUGGGAACUCAAAAGCUCUCUGAGGAAGACGAUCCAGCAACCUUACCGCGUGGAAAUAAUGCCACUGAGCAUAAGGAGGAACAUGUUGAAAGCUCUGCCAUUAAACAGUGUCCACCAGAGUCGGAACGUGAUGAGCUUGCGUUAGCACCAAGUUCACAGCCCACCCUCAAGACGAGGCAGCUUGCACCCAAGAAAUCUUUGAGGAUACUACCAAGCGGCGACACCUCUUCCUCGGACGUAUCGGAUGACGAUUCGCUGAUUGAGGAGCUUCACAAUGCCACUGUACACGAGGCGAAGCCGGUAUCCGUGGCACGUUCGCCCGUGACUCCAAUAAUGUCAAUUGGAGGCGCAGACAAGCCACGCGAAGUGGUCAACAAGCCUUCAGCCCCGAGCUACCAAUCAAGACGGAGUGCGUCGAGUACUCCGGAUGGCAAGAGCUCUGGCAGCAUUCGCAGUGUGUCUACAGCUCUCCCGCAAUGGCCACCGGCACAGGUGGAAUCGUCUCUAGUGCCCCUAACCAAAAAGCCCACCUUGGGAAGCGGCAUUUCCAAGCGCAUCAAGGCACUUGAGGUGCUCACGACGAGAGAUGUCAAUUCGCUCCCCGCUCCUCAACCAGUUCGAGAGGCCAGCGGCGGAAGAGCAGGCUUCACGGCUUUCUUGAAGCGUUCAGCAUUUUUGCCGCACCAGCAAACACCUAACAUGUCGACCGAGACGUCCCCUCCGAAGCAAUUGCCUGCCUCAGCUCCUCAGUACGAACCAGAUACCUCCAGUGCUGCGACAGGCGCGUUCAGGCGGCCCUCCAAAGAUGGCCGCGGACCCGUACAGAAGGGCGAUACUAUCUCAGUUACUGCAAGGAUAGUUCGCGAUAACUCCCAUAGACGCCCUCCCGUGGCGCCGAGCUCGAGCUAUCAUACUCCUCUCAACCUGUUCCGCAGCCCUCUAAUUGUCGAACACGAGAAACACGAAGAAUUGCCUCGCAAUGAGUCCCUUGCAUCUAUGCAUUCUAUUUCCAAGAGUCCCAGCAAGUCUGACAAGGGCCGAUUCUCUUUCUCUUCCCAUCGAUCUACUUCUCAGACCAACCUAGGUCAUUCAGACUUUAAUGCUAGCAAAUUCUCCCUUCCAGGCACACAUAAAAAGCGAGGUCCAGGAUCGGCUAGCGAUGCUGCUUCCUCUUACGAGGAAAAGCCCAAAGGCUCGCGGACGAGUCGACUGAUGAAGCGAAUGUCCAAUCUCACAUCACCCCGGAACAAAGGUCAUUCAUCAGCGAAAGAGCAGCCGCCUCCGCGCACCAUAGAAGAACAGUCAGAAUUGUCGCGGCAGAAUUCGACUGCAGAGACCCUGAUGCAUGUGGUCAACAUCGGCGACGUCAACGUGCAGUUUCCCGAAUCCCUUCUGUGGAAGCGGCGCUACAUGAGGGUCGAUGAUCAAGGGUAUCUCAUCUUUUCACCGCCUGCGACAGAUGCAAACAUGAGAAGCGUCAGUCGCAAAUACCAUCUCAGCGACUUCAACAGACCAUCGCUACCAGAUCUGGAACGUGAGGAAAUGGCGUGGAGUAUCCUUCUUGAUCUUAAAGAUGGACAAUGUAUACAGUGCGCUUGUGAGGGCCGAGUAGCGCGAGAACAAGUUCUGCAGAUGCUUGUUGACGCUCAUGGUGCAUAUCAUCAGCUAUAUGGCGACCGGGGGUAG